AUGUCGGAGGGCCGCGCCGAGGGCGACAUCGACGUGGAGAGCCUGGAGCUGGAGGCGGCCGCGGGGCCCGACGCGGCCCCGCCGCCGCCGCCGCCGGCAGCGGAGGAGGAGGAAGAGGAGGAGGAGGAGGAAGAGGAGGACGGCGCGGCCGUCGGGGGCGGCGCGCGGCGGGCGGCGCGGCCGGAGCCGCGGAAGCUGAGCCGCACGCCCAAGUGCGCGCGCUGCCGCAACCACGGCGUCGUGUCGUGCCUCAAGGGCCACAAGCGUUUCUGCCGCUGGCGCGACUGCCAGUGCGCCAACUGCCUGCUCGUCGUGGAGCGGCAGCGCGUCAUGGCCGCGCAGGUGGCGCUCCGGCGGCAGCAGGCCACCGAGGACAAGAAGGGGCUCUCGGCGAAGCCGUCGGGCGCCGAGCGCCGCGCCGCCUACCCGCGGCACGCGCGGGCGCCCAGCCUGCUGGCCAAGAGCAUCCUCGAAGGUUACCGUCCCAUCCCCACAGACCCCUACCUGGCCGGGGGCUCGCCCCUGCCGCCCCCUGUCAGUGACAGGAUGAGGAAGAGACGGGCUUUUGCUGAUAAGGAGCUGGAGAACAUUAUGCUAGAGAGGGAGUAUAAGGAAAGGGAGAUGAUGGAGGCCACGCAAGCGGCAGCCCUUUUCCUCCCCAACCGCAUGGUGCACGGACCCGAAUACGGCUCCUACAAAGCAGCCUUCAACCCCGCUCAGGUCGAUGCUCCCGGCAAGGAGUUUUGCAGCUUCCUACCCACCUGCCUUGACCUAACCAUGCAGUAUUCGGGAUCUGGGAACAUGGAGCUCAUUUCCUCCAACGUCAGCGUGGCGGCGACCUACCGGCAGUAUCCGCUGCCCGCCCGCUUCGUGGUGUGGCCCAAAUGCAGCCCCAUUAGCGAUGCCCUCCUCUAUCAGCAGUGCCUCCUGAACGCCACCGGCGUCCCGGCGCUCAAGCCUGGCGCCGGGUGGGAUGCGAAGGCCUCGCAGAGCCAGGACGGAGCCCACGGAGAGAGGGACAUGGUGUCCCCGAAGCUGGAAAACCCGCUCGCUCCGGGCCACGCGCGGGACGGGCAGCUGUGCAGCGAGAUGUCCGGCCUCCCACAUGAAGCUCGGGAGCGCUCCGCUUUCUCCCCGCCAAAAAGGACUUUCGACAAGGACCCCCUGGCUCCUCCGGAGCAGAUCCUGGGCAAGGUGAGCAAGGAGAGCCCCAAAGCUCCGCUGCUCAAGUACCACCCGUUCCAGCCCCUCUUCCCACAGGCAUUCCCGGAGAAGCCCGGAGCAGCCUUUCCCAAAGAGGCUUUAGAAGAAGCUGCUAAGAAAUACAGAGAGAGCUGUGCCAAAGAGAGCCAAAAAUGCAAGUUUACGAUAGACAAGUACGCAAAAGACUUCUUUGGGGCCAAGCAGGCCGCAACAAAACUGUCCACAAAUGAGCCGCUGUCGUUUUCAGUUGAAUCCAUCCUAAAACGACCUUCUUCUGCGGUUGCUAAUGUCUCUCAGUAA